AUGGUUGCCGCUCGCGCGCCUCCUCGCUUCGCCUUGGGCAGAAUUCUCGGUGCGGCAGGUCUCUCCUUCCUCGGCGGCUGGCACUGCCGACAGACGCUCGCUGAGGCCUCUCGCCCCUUCCCUGCGGCGUCGCCUGCCUCUCCCGUUCCUCCCCAGGAGCCUGCUGCACCCCCCUCUUCCUCUCCUUCUUCUUCUCCUCCUUCCCCUCCUUUUUCUUCAUCUUCAUCUCCCUUUCCUUCUGAGCGUGGUUUGUUGGUGACGCGCCGACUGGUGGUGCCUUCUUCUGAGUUGCAUGCGUUCGCCGGGGUUCUGAAUGCGCUUGCGGCCUUCAACACGCGUCAGAGCGGCUUCCUGUCUCACUCGAUCUACACACGCGAGGUUUUUUCAACCGACGCAGCGGUUCCGCCCGCGCCCGACCCCGUCGCCCUCGAGGUGCUGAUGUUCGAGGAAUGGCUGAAUCCGCUCGCCGCGCGAGCGGCGCUCAAGUCUCCGGAGAUGAAGCGUCACCUCGAAGAGAGCCGCAAGUGCGGCUGGGACUUGCGCGGCGAAGUCUGGGUCGGCCUCGCCGGGCGCGACGCCCGCGGCCUCUGA